CAAAUGGAUAUGUCCAGUAAAAGAGUGCAAACACACAUACAGUGACCUAAUAAACAGAACAGGAGGAGGUUAGACGCUGAAAAACUGCAGAAAACGCCGCAGCACAAGGACCAUGACGGCCACUAUGACGAGGAGGGCUUUGAAAUGGCUUUGUUUAAUGCUAGUGCUCGUCUCAGGUGGUGCUCAGACGAUCAACUCAACCAGCUGCCCGGCCUGGUCUUUUGAGCACGUCUUGGAAAACCUGAAGGUCUCGGAUGAAUGCUUUGAGUCGCUUGCUGACAAGUGGAAUGACAGUCAGACUGCAGCUAUACUUGAUAACCUGCGCCGGCUGACGGACGUUUUACAGAAACAGCAGAAAAAAGAAUGUAAAGAGGUCAUGCCUGCUGACUGUCCUUUUCCAGUCAUUCCCAGUAAAGGAGGACUGGUGUGUGUAUCUGUUGAAACGAAGGUUUACUGCAAACCAAUGUGCAAUGAGGGCCAGGACUUCUCCUUUCUGAGGAGAUCGAGGGUGUAUGAAGAAUGCAGUGCCGCCACUAAAAAGUGGACAACACAAUACGUGGGUGGGAACAAGCUGGCCGUCUGUAACAAGUCUGACAUCCAGAUUUCAGGAGCUCCUUCAGCCUAUUUCCCUAAAGACCAGGACUGUUUGAAGACUAAGAGCGACCAGGCCUUAGAGAAGAAGGUCAUUGAGACUUUUCAGAAAGAGCUGAGAGAUAACAACAUCCAAGGCCAUUUCACACAUAGCUGUCUUCUAUGUGGAUAAAAUCAACACAGCUAGAACGUAUCUAGAGCCCUAGUUGGAUAAGUGCUAUCUGAAGAUGUAUUAAAUUUCACUGAUUAUUUUCCAGUAUGAAUCUGCACUGUGAGUAGCUUUUAUCCAGUCUGACAGUAAUAACUACGUGGUGAUUUUAAUUCACACAGACAUUCCUGACAGAAUAGUGAAAACUGCUAUGUAAUUUUACAUACAGCAAACAUUAAAUAUCUGUCUUUGUGGCUCA